UAUCUCCAAGUGUCGCUUCUUAUCUCGCGCGAGAGGUCCUGAAGCCCGAGGGUCGCAGUCAACAAUGCCCGGAUGGCGUGGGUGAGAGCCCACGCUCGACUGCCAUUGCCAUCCUACAAACUACAAAUACAUCCCACAAACUACAAAUACAUCCCGGCCGCAAUUGCCAACAUCGCAGCGGGCCUCGUGCGCUUGAGAGUCGAUGUAGCCCCAGGUCAAACGACCGACUGACACCAGACCGUAUCCGGGCCGCUGCUUUGGCAUAUCACACACCACACGCCGUUCCACCCUCCUCGUCCCGAACCAACAAGCCGCCGCAGAGCCCGACACGAUGGCCGAAAUCACCCCCGUCACCGAGUGGCCGGAAUGGCACGACAACCCCGACGGCGGCGAUCCGCUCACGCAGAACUUUACGGCCGCCUAUGACAAGGGCGACCUAUGCUGGAUGCUCGUGUGCACGAUCCUGUGCUGGCAGAUCACGCCGGCCAUCGGCUUCCUGUACGCGGGCAUGCACCGGCGCAAGGCCGCGCUGACCAUGGUGCUGCAGUCGCUGUUCUGCUCGUGCGCCUGCGGCAUCCAGUACUGGGUGUACGGCUACUCGCUGUACGAGGCGCGCACCACCAAUCCCAUCCUCGGCGACCUGUCGCUGGCCGGCUUCAAGAACGUCCUCGCCCAGCCGUCGCAGGCGAAUGCGGAUAUUCCGGAUAUCCUGUACGCGGCGUUUGGGUUUACCUUCGUCUCGGCCACGGCCAUGAUCCUCGCUGGCGCCAUGCUCGAGCGCGGCAGACUGUGGCCCAGCAUGGUGUUCCUGCUGUGCUGGACGACUUUUGUGUACUACGUCCUCGCGUACUGGGAAUGGAACCCCAGCGGGUGGCUGUACAAGCUGGGCGUGUACGACUUUGCGGGGUCGGGCCCCGUGCACAUCGCCAGCGGGUUCAGCGCGCUGGCGUGGUCGAUGAUGCUGGGGCCACGCAUCAACGACAAGUCGAGCACAGCGACGGACCGGCGGUCGCGGCUGGCGCACUACAAGCCGCACAGCCCGCUACUCAUGUGCAUCGGGACGUGCUUCAUCUGGUUCGGCUGGUUCGCCUUCAACGGCGGCAGCUCGGCCAACCUGACCAUCCGCUCCAUCUACGUCGUCGUCAACACCAACCUGGCCGCCUGCGGCGGCGGCAUCGGCUGGGUCCUGCUCGACUACGCCUACAAGCGCAAGUUCAGCCUCGUCGGCUUCUGCUCCGGCAUCAUCGCCGGCCUCGUCGGCAUCACGCCCGCCGCCGGCUACGUCCCCGUGUUUGUCGCCGCGCUGGUCGGCCUCAUCACGGCCACAUGCUGCUACUUCACUGUGCGGUACAAGUACCUGCUCUCGGUGGACGACGGGCUGGACAUCUUCGCCAUCCACGGGGUGGGCGGGUUCGUGGGGGACAUCCUGACGGGGCUCUUCGCGGCGCAGUUCGUGCCAGCCCUGGACGGCGUGUCCGGGGCGUCGUACGCGGGCGGCUGGUGGAACCACCACUGGAAGCAGCUGGGCCUGCAGCUGGCGGGCGCCACGACGUGCGCCGCCUGGUCCUUCUUCGUGUCGUGCCUCCUGCUUUUCGUCAUCAACAAGAUCCCGGGCCUGCACCUGCGCGCCAGCGAGGAGAGCGAGGUCCGCGGCCUCGACGCAAAGUAUCUUGAUGAUAUCGACUACGAGGAGAGCUACUUUGGCAACGACUGCAUGAUCUCCGAGAGCGGGCCGACGCCGCGCACGAGGACCGCGCCGGCUUCGGACGAGGAGACCAAGAAGGAGUGAUUGGUGGGGCGCGAUAUCGGCGGGCCUUUUAGACUUUGUUGUUUUAUUAGGGUGUUAGAGGUCGAGAUAGAACUGGGAUGAAUAUAUUUCAUGCUUCAUGUUGCCGGGAUGUUAUAAUUUGCUUUUAUCGCCCACCUUUGAGCUUAGUAGGGAUGGAGUAUGAAGCAACAAAGAAUGAAGAAACUGGUAUAGGCAGACUUUCGUACCAGAGAAAAUGGCCCAGAGCAUGAGUAAUUAGUUUCAUCUGCUAAGGUGCAACCCAAUCAAAAUGUGAACGUUUCUGGCACAGAAUAGUCAUCAUUUG